CGCAAGAGUCAACCCAAAAUAUUUUACUGCAGUCUUUUCCUUUCAACAGGCAUCACUAGACCACUAACCACUGAAGUGGUAAUAAGUGGUCAUUUUAGGGUUGAUGUCAUUGCAGUCAACGUGAAUCAUUACUGUCAUUUAAUUAAAUCAUAAUUUAGAAUAAUAAAAAUAUAUCAUCGAAAAUGCCUUCAAUGCGAAUGAAGGCAGCCAAAUGCCCAUCAGAUGAGUUGGCGAUCACUAACUGUGCUCUCAUAAAUCCAGACGACUUUCCUAGCGAUGUCAAGCACAUUGAAGUAUCAACAGGCCCAUCCCAGCACUUUGUCUUCAGUAUCAGAUUUUACAGUGGAGUUGAUAGGGGGACUGUGGGAUUUUCUGCUCCACAAAGAAAAUGGGCAACAUUAUCUAUUGGACAGCCUAUUGAAGUCAGUGUCUUCAAGCCUCAAAGCGCUGAGUGCCUCUGCAGCGUUACUUUGGAAGCUGAUUUCAUGCUUAAGAAGACAACAUCAAUGGAGCCUUACGAUUCAGAACAGAUGGCACGGGACUUCCUAAUACAGUUUUCCAAUCAGGUUUUCACAGUUGGUCAGCAAUUGGCCUUCUCCUUCCAAGAAAAAAAAGUACUCUCCUUGAUUGUAAAGAAUUUAGAAGCUGUGGAUGUACAGGCAUUAGCUCAAGGAGCAAAUGCAGUCCCUCGAAGAGUAAAGAUGGGCCGAUUACUUCCCGAUGCUUGCAUUCAGUUUGACAAGGCUGAGAACUCUUCACUUAACCUUGUUGGCAAGGCUAAGGGGAAACAACCUCGACAGUCAAUCAUAAAUCCUGAUUGGGACUUCGGAAAGAUGGGAAUUGGUGGUUUGGAUAAUGAGUUCAACGCCAUCUUCCGACGAGCCUUCGCUUCCCGAGUCUUCCCACCAGAAGUGGUCGAGCAGUUGGGGUGCAAACACGUGAAGGGUAUUCUUCUCUUCGGUCCGCCUGGUACGGGUAAGACUUUGAUGGCUCGCCAAAUUGGGAAAAUGUUGAACGCGCGCGAGCCUAAGAUCGUCAACGGUCCGCAAAUAUUGGACAAAUAUGUGGGCGAAAGUGAGGCGAACAUUCGUCGGUUGUUUGCUGAUGCUGAGGAGGAAGAGAAAAGGUGCGGUCCAAACAGUGGUUUACACAUCAUUAUAUUCGACGAAAUCGACGCAAUUUGCAAAGCAAGAGGCUCCACGGGAGGAAACACAGGAGUUCACGACACAGUCGUUAACCAACUGCUCUCUAAGAUCGAUGGUGUUGACCAGUUGAACAAUAUUCUGGUGAUCGGUAUGACGAACAGAAGGGACAUGAUAGACGAGGCCCUGCUCCGUCCCGGUCGUCUCGAAGUCCAGAUGGAGAUCGGUCUGCCCAAUGAGAAUGGCAGAGUCCAAAUUCUGAACAUUCACACGAAGCGUAUGAAGGAGUACAAGAAGAUAGCCGAAGAUGUUGAUAGCAAGGAAUUAGCGGCGAUAACAAAGAACUUCUCCGGUGCGGAACUGGAGGGUUUGGUGCGUGCCGCCCAGUCUACGGCCAUGAACCGGCUGAUCAAGGCCUCGAGUAAGGUCGAGGUAGACCCCGAAGCCAUGGAGAAGCUGAUGGUGGAGAGGACGGACUUCUUGCACGCCCUUGAGAACGAUAUCAAACCGGCUUUCGGGACCGCAGCGGAGGCAUUGGAACACUUCUUGGCUCGUGGCGUCAUCAAUUGGGGAUCUCCCGUUUCGUCGGUACUCGAAGACGGACAGUUGUACAUACAACAGGCCCGGGCUACUGAAGCGAGCGGACUCGUAUCUGUGCUGUUGGAAGGUCCGCCCAACAGUGGGAAGACAGCGUUGGCGGCUCAGCUCGCUAAGCUUUCUGACUUUCCCUUCGUCAAAGUCUGUUCUCCUGAAGACAUGGUCGGAUUCACUGAGACAGCGAAAUGUUUACAAAUACGGAAGUACUUCGACGACGCCUACCGUUCGACCCUAUCGUGCAUCCUCGUCGACAACAUCGAGCGGCUGCUGGACUACGGCCCCAUUGGCCCACGGUACUCCAAUCUCACGCUGCAAGCCUUGUUGGUGCUGCUCAAGAAGCAGCCCCCUAAAGGAAGGAAACUGCUCAUCCUGUGCACGAGUAGCAGACGCCAAGUGCUAGAAGACAUGGAAGUGUUGUCAGCGUUCACGGGCGUCCUGCACGUUCCGAAUCUCUCCCAGCCGGAGCAUGUUAUGGCCGUUCUAGAUGAAAGCGAUGCCUUUUCGAAGAAGGACCUAGCGAAGAUACAGAAGGAGUUGCGGGGAGCCAAGAUAUUCAUCGGCAUCAAGAAGCUGCUCGCUCUGGUAGACAUGGUGAAGCAGACCGACGAGGCGUCCCGGGUGUUCAAGUUCCUCACGAAGAUCCAAGAAGAGGGAGGCCUUGACCUCGGCACCACUAUUCAAUAAGAGUCGCUCCAACCUUAGGGACCACGUUCGCAUACCACGCGCUCUCCAUCACCCAAUGCACUUAUUUCUUCAUUAAAAGCCACCCGCUCAACCGAGAGUUCGCCUUGCGCCUCCGACCUGAGGAGCUUCGAAAUCGACUACGACGACGUCAGCGAGGCCACCGAACCCCUGGACUCCGGCAGAAUCGUCCGAACCUCCAAAGGCCACGAGGUCUCCCCGAACAAGAUGCCCCUCAUGAGAAUCAGGAGCGUCGAGAUCGUGUUCGAAGAUGAUCUCUCGACUUGUACCGACACCGGCCUGCUCGAUCGGAGCAUCGAACUGCUCUCCGACAGCGACGACUCCACCAAAUGCGUCGAUGAUAUCGAACCCCUCCAGGCCAAGGAUGACCUUGACGUCACAAACGCCGAUCUCACAGAUGACGACUCGAUCACCAUCACCAAAGACAACGUGGAUCUAGUCGAGGUCAAAGCAAUCGUGGACUCUCUCGCUCCCGAAGACAUAUCGGACCUAGGCGACUCCGGCAGGUUCACGGAAGAAGCUUGCUCCUCCAGAGAGGUCGCCGUGUCGUACCAGGACGCUCUGCUUUCACAAUCGAUUGACGCUAUCGAGGACAAGAGUCCUGAUGAUCGAAGGUUGUUCGAAUACAUCGAUAGUAACAGCGAAAGUUCGGACGAUACGGCCAUAUGCGAGGACACGACCGGAACCGGAAAUAAAUGUCCGACCCCUUCCCAAAACGAUCCCACUGACGAAGAUACCUUGUACGAUAGUUGUGAGUUGCAAUAUGACUCAUUUAUAGAUAUGGGAAAAUUUUGAUUUGUUUUUAUUUAUUAAAGUUAUUUCGAUGUGUAAUAUAUAUGUUAUUCUCCCGAGCUAAAUGUCUCUACGCAGCUUAUGCACUCGGGCUCGGUGGUAUGCAACUCUGUGUACUGUGUCAUAUUUGUAUUGGUUUAGACAUUUUAUUUUUAGACAAUUUUAUACUUUGUAAAUAUAUUUUCAUCUUCUA